AUGAGGCGAGGUCAGAGAGCACCUGGUAGAGGUGCUGGGGUGACUGAGGUGGGGCAGCCUGCACUUGUCUAUACUGCACGUCGCCGUAAGGAUGGAGAUGCUUUGGACGUCAUCACGGGUACGUUUUUUAUUCUUAAUGUACCUUAUGUUGCACUGAUAGACGUAGGCUUUACGCAUUCUUAUGUUGCAUGUUCUGUGUCUGAGACCUUGGGGAUUUCGCAUGAGAGUACUUCUAGUGUGAUUUCUGUGUUCGACUUAAUUCUUGGUAUAGACUGGUCGGUAAAGCAUCGUGUAACUUUGGGUUGUGCUGAAAAGAGGGUGGUUCUGAGGACCGAGAAGGAUAAUGAGGUAGUCAUGAUUGGAGAACGCCGAAAUCAUCUGAGCAAUGUGAUAUCUGCAUUAGUGGCAGAGAAGCUGGUGAGGAAAGGAUGUGAGGCAUUUUUGGCCUACAUCAGUGUCUCGGAUUCUGUGGACUUAUCAGUUAAGGACAUCCGUACUAUGAGGGACUUUCUAGAUGUAUUUCCAGAGAAAUUACCAGGAUUACCUCCGAGCCGUGAGGUAGAAUUUGGGAUUGAGUUGAUUCUUGGUAUAGCUUCAUCUGAGGACGAGUACGACGAGCAUUUAAGAGUGGUUCUGCAGAUCCUUCGUGAGAAACAGUUGUAUCUAAAGAAUGUGUCGAAGAUCCGUAGUGCUUUGGGACUGGCAGGAUAUUAUCGAUGUUUCGUAGAGGGGUUUUCAUUGAUUGCAGCACCGUUAACUAAGCUGUUGUGCAAAGGAGUUCAUUUUGUUUGGAUUGACGCACAGCAGGAGAGCUUCGAGAAACUCAAAACAGUAUUGACUCAGGCUCCAGUUCUGAUACAGCCUGAGUUUGGUAAAGACUUCGUGGUUUACAGUGAUGCGUCAUAUGUGGGUUUGGGUUGCAUCUUGAUACAAGACGGUAAGGACUACGACUGCAGUAUUGAGUAUCACUCUAGAAAGACCAAUGUGGUGGCCGAUGCAUUAAGCCGUAGGGCUGUGGCUGAUUUAAGAGCGUUGUUUACUCGACUGAGUCUUUUUGACGAUAGAAGACUCCUGGCUGAGUUACAGGUUAGGCCGACGUGGCUGGGUCAAAUUAAGGAUAAGCAGUUAGGAGAUGAGUCUCUUCGGAUCUGUGUACCUAAUGAUGAGGAUUUGCGAUUGUCAAUUCUGAGAGAAGUGCAUAGUAGUCCUUACGCUAUGAACCCUAGUGGGAACAAGAUGUAUCAAGAUCUCCGAAAGUUGUAUUGUUGGCCAGGGUUAAAGCGUGAAGUUACCAAUUUUGUUGCUUGCUAUAUGACUUGUCAGCAGGUUAAGGCUGAGCAUCAGUUAUCUUCGGAUUUGCUACAGCUGGUUAAGAUACCGAUGACCGUCUCUCUAAAGAAGUUGGCUAAGCUGUAUAUUUCUGAGAUAGUGAGGCUGCAUGGGGUACCUGUCUCGAUCAUUUCAGAUGGGGAUCUUUGUUUCACCUCUUGGUUUUCGGGAAAACUACAGGAGGCUUUGGGCUCCCGUUUUGACUUCAGUACUGCUUUUUAUCCUCAAACAGAUGGACAGUCAAAGAGGCGAGUGGGGCCAGUCGCAUAUCAGUUGGAGUUACCUCCAGAGUUAGAUUGUAUUCAUGACGUAUUCUACGUAUCGAUGUUGAGACGGUGUCGCUCUGAUCCUACUCACAUUGUGCCUGUGGAGGAGAUUGAGGUUAGACCAGAUCUGACAUUCGAGGAGGAGCUGGUUCAGGUUUUGGAUCGUGACGUUAAGGUAUUGCAUAGGAAGUCUGCUCCUUUAGUGAAGGUGAUGUAG